AUGGCGCUAAAGGAACGCGCAGAAUCCGGCAGUCAUGUUCUUGAAGCUGUGAGAGACAAAAUGGAAAACCAAGAAAAGAAAAGAUAUCCAGAGGAUAUUCGAGUAGAUGAUUCUAUCUACACACCGAAGUACAGCUUGAUAAAGCUCUAUGGACCCGAUAAGCAUCUCGUUUUGUAUACGCAGGAUAGGGCAUAUUCAAGACUUGUUGUGAACGGAAAGAUCUUUUCAUCGGGGAUCUAUCAAGAAAGACAUAAAAGGAGUCGCCAGGAUUUGUUGUAUUUUGAAGACGACGAUGGCGCUAGCGGAUUUGGAUCUGUAGUGAUCUUCUUGCAUAAUGCCCAUAAUAAUGAAAUCCGAGUAGUUCUGAAAGAGUAUAGAACACAAGAUUGCUUCUCAAAUCUUGAAGAUUUGAUCGUAGAUUCUUCAAAUCAGACCAGCCAAAGAGUGCGUGAUUUGUUAAGCGCCAUUCGACGAAACAAUCGCUAUUUCCGCGAAAUUAGAGGAUAUGAUAGGAAAAUUAGAUGUGCUUCCCAAAUCAAAGGGACAUGUCUCCUAAUUAAAUAUGAAAACAGGGCCUUUGUUCUAAGAAAUUGA